CGUAUCCAAGUGCUUCCGGGUAAGUUCAGAGCAUGACUUCUGGCUCUCAAAUCAUCAAAACAUGUGCAGCUAAGUAGAAGAAAACAUGAGUUCUCAGAAAGGUAACGUGUCUCGUUCUCGAGGACAGAAGCAUCAAAAUACCACAGCCUUCAAAAACGACAAAUACGGAGCGACUGUGCAAGUAAAGAAAGCGAAAGCGAAGAUCCAUGAUGGGCUUUGCCAACACUGUAAAGAUGUUCUUGAGUGGAAAGUCAAAUACAACAAAUACAAACCACUAACACAGCCCCGAAAAUGUGUCAAGUGUUCUCAGAAGACUGUAAAGGAUGCUUAUCACAUCAUUUGUAAGCCCUGCUCUCUUCAGUUAGACAUCUGCUGCAAGUGUGGCAAGAAAGAAGAAAUUAUUAUUCCAGUAAAUUCACAUCUGGACAAAGAUGACCAAGAAGAAGGAUGUCAACAGAAAAAAAGUGGACGGAAGAAUGAAGAUUUGGACAUUGAUGAAGAUGAAGAAGAUGAUGAUUUUGGUGAUCUCAGAGAUGAUGAUGAUAAUGAGGACUGUGAUAGUGAUUCUGAACGAAAGACAAAAGACAAGGCUGCCUUGGUCCAAGAAGUGUCCCAAAUUAAUAUUAAAGACUGAAAACAUCAAGAGCAGUGAUUUUCCCAAGUGGACUUUUUUUUUACACCUGAAUUAAAUACAUUUAUUCAUUAAAGUUCAAUGUGAGGUUUCAUUUAUGA